AAAAAAAGUAACGGUAAACACAGGAAGAGGGAGACGGCAGGAGGCGGAGUCAGAGUGGAGGGGGAGGAGCUUCAUCUGGAGAGCAGAGCAUAGACUGACCCGGGACAGGUGUCCUCGUGGUCAUGGCGUCCAGAGGAUCCGGCACAUCUUUGAUGAGGAGAAAUUACCGACUGUCCAUUGAGCCAGAGAAGACGAAAGUUACAGGCAUCGUGAAUGACCGACUUCUCAGUCAGUAUCUGCACAGAAUAUUCCCGGGCAGUGACGGAGCGCAGCAUGCCGCUACUUCCCGGAAACCCCUGACUUUCCAGAACCUGGAGGAGCGAUUGGACCGACUGCUGUCAUCAGAGGAGACCAGCGAGGAGGAUCCCGGCACAGAGCAGGCCUCAGAGGGACGUCUAGGACCUUCCACCGUGGUACUGGAUCACACCAGUGGCUUUGAGGGAUUGUUACUGGUGGAUGAUGAUCUCCUGGGGGUCAUCGGGCAUAGUAACUUCAGCUCCAUCAGAGCAACCACCUGUGUGUACAAAGGGAAGUGGCUAUAUGAAGUUCUCAUCUCCUCGCAGGGCCUCAUGCAGAUCGGAUGGUGCACCCUCAGUUGUAGGUUUAACCAGGAGGAGGGCGUCGGAGAUACACCAGACUCAUAUGCGUAUGAUGGGAACAGGGUCCGGAAAUGGAACGUAACCACCACGAACUACGGCAAGUCCUGGGCUGCUGGGGACAUCGUCAGCUGUCUCAUCGACCUGGAUGAAGGCUCCAUCUCAUUUUGCCUAAAUGGGGUGAGCCUGGGCACAGCCUUCAGCGACAUCUCACGAGGGUCUGGGAUGGCAUACUUCCCUGCUAUCAGCCUCUCCUUCAAGGAGUCUGUGGCCUUUAAUUUUGGCUCCCGUCCUCUGCGCUAUCCGGUUGAAGGAUUUCGCCCCUUCCAGGACCCUCCGACAAUGGAUCUGCUGAAAUCCCAGCGUCUGCUGGGUUACCUGAAGAACGUCCUGAGUACUAGCAUAGAUGCACAGGAGGGGAAGCUGGUGGACAGGGAACCGUCCGCGUGGCAGCUGCAGGGAGAACCUACCGUCUUCAUUACAUUGGCACACAUAUUCAACCACUUUGCCCCUCUCAUGUGUAAGGUCUACCUGGUGGAGGAUGUCCUGAUGAACUAUCUCCUGGGAAUUUUGGAAGGAGGGGGUUCGGUGGAGGAGCACCCACUAAUCCAGCACCUCUUGGACCUGAUGUGGCUUCUGAUGGAGGACUAUGAGAUCCACGAGUGUCUGAAGCAGCUGAUGAUGUCUCUGCUCCGAGCUUAUCGCUUCUCUCCCAUAGUCCCUGACUUGGGGCUACAGAUUCACUACCUGCGUCUGACCAUCGCCAUUCUGCGGCAUGAGAAGUCCCGCAAGUAUCUCCUCAGCAACGUGUUGUUUGAUGUUCUACGUUCAGUUGUGUUUUUCUUUAUAAAGAGCCCAUUGCGGGUGGAGGAAGCUGGGCUACAGGAGCUAAUCCCAACCACUUGGUGGCCAAAUCGCUUCAAUAAAGAGGGAAAGGAAAUCAAGGAUCCAACGGAGGAGAGUGGGGAGGAGCGGAUUAGGCGGAGGGCCUACGAGAGGGGGUGCAUGAGGCUGAAGAAACGGAUUGAAGUGGUGGAAGAGCUGCAGGUUCAGAUCCUGAGGCUGCUGCUGAAUAACAAGGAUAAAGGCGGGGGUGAAGCCUCUCGUUAUAUCUUCCUCAACAAGUUCCGAAAGUUCCUUCAGGAAAACGCCAGCAACAGAGGGAACCCCACAGUUCUGUGCCCCCCUGAGUACAUGGUCUGUUUCCUGCACCGGCUGACCACUGCCCUCCGCUCCUGCUGGGAUGAAUAUCAGAUCCGGAAUCCCGCUGCCCGCUGUAGUGACGAGGCUUAUGUCCCCCCUCAGCUCUUCUACAACGGGAAGGUGGACUACUUUGACCUGCAGAGGUUAGGAGGCCUCCUCUCCCACCUGAGAAAGACUCUGAAAGAUGACCUAGCAUCCAAGGCCAAUAUAAUCAUUGACCCGUCAGAGCUGCAGACCGUGACCAUGGAUGACCUGGAGGAGGAGGAUGAGUCUGCGAGUACCACAGCCCAGAGGUCCUCUGCCGCUCUGGCUAUUGGGGGGGCACUUGCCCGGCCCAGCUGGCUGAGUUCCCCUACCCUGGGCAGAGCCAAUCGUUUUCUCAGCACCGCAGCCGUGAGCCUUAUGAACCCGCGCCGGCCCCUGGGGGCCCUGGAGAAGGUGAAAGUGCGGAGUCUCUGCGUAGAGCAGCGUACAGAAGAUGACAUUGAGGGCCACCAUGGGAAUGAGGGACUGCUGCUAGGAAGACCACCGGAAGAAGCUGACCUUCCAAUCACCGAGAACUCCCUCCUGGAGAUCCUGGAUGGAGCAGUGAUGAUGUAUAAUCUGAGUGUCCACCAGCAGCUGGGAAAGAUGGUUGGCGUAUCCGAUGAUGUGAAUGAGUAUGCCUUGGCUCUGAAAGAUACAGAGGAAAAAAUUAAACGCUGCCCGAAGAGGCGGUCGGAUGUUCUGGAAGAGUUGGUGAAGAGUCAGCAGGUUUUCUCUGAGAAACUCAACCACCUGAGCCGGCGGCUGGCCUGGAUCAAUGUCACCAUCUACUCCAAGGAGAAGAUGCAGGACAUAUACUGGCUUCUGCAGGUGUGUCUGCGCAGUAUAGAGCACGCUGAUUGCACCGGAUCCCUCUUCGCCUUUAUGCCGGAAUUCUACCUGAAUGUGGCCAUGAACAGCUACAAUUCCCUAAAGAAUUACUUCAGCUCCGUGAGCAGCAUGGAAGAGCUUCCCGGUUACGAGGAAACGCUGACGCGCCUGGCUGCCAUUCUGGCUAAACACUUUGCUGAUCCACGCAUCGUAGGGACGGACAUUAAGGACUCCCUGAUGCAAGCUCUGGCCAGCUACGUCUGUUACCCUCAUUCCCUGCGGGCGGUGGAGAGGAUCCCGGAAGAGCAGCAGAUAAGUAUGAUGAAGAAUCUUCUUGCACCCUAUGAACAAAGGCCGUGGGCUCAAACUAACUGGAUCCUCGUGAGGCUGUGGAGAGGCUGUGGAUUUGGCUAUCGAUACACAAGACUUCCGCACCUGCUGAAAACCAAACCAGAAGAUGCCAAUUUGCCGAGUCUGCAGAAGCCUUGUCCGUCCACGUUGCUGCAGAACACCAUGGCAGAGCUGCUUCGGGGGGACCCUGAACUGGCUUCCAGCUUUCUGAACAGUGUCCUAAACCAACUGAACUGGGCCUUCUCUGAAUUUAUAGGCAUGAUUCAGGAGAUCCAGCAGGCCGCUGAGCGUCUAGAGCGGAACUUUGUAGACAGCCGCCAGCUGAAAGUCUGUGCCACCUGCUUUGACCUAUCUGUCAGCCUUUUGCGGGUCCUGGAGAUGACGGUCACCCUGAUACCUGAUAUUUUCCUCGAUUGGAGCCGAUCCGCCUCAGAACUGCUGCUGCGCCGCUUGGCUCAGCUGCUGAAUCAGGUGUUGAACCGGGUGACGGCUGAGAGAAACCUAUUUGACAGAGUGGUCAAUCUGCGGCUACCGGGCCUGGAGAGCGUCGACCAUUACCCCAUCCUGGUGGCUGUGACUGGUAUUCUGGUGCGGCUGCUGGUUGAUAGCGAACCCCAAGGGGUCCAGCAAGCCACCAGUGUACUAUUGGCAGACCCCUGCUUCCAGUUACGCUCUAUCCAGUACCUACUGGGGCAGAUUGAACCAAACGCCCUGGGGACAGGGCCGCCCCCUGCUGACAAGAAGCAUUUCUCCAUGCAGGCCUAUACAGACUACAUCAGUGCAGAGGAGCUCAGUAAGGUGAGCCGGAUGCUGGCACACCUGAGCGAAGAGUCUAAGCAGGCGGCCGCUACCAGUCAGCCCACCAGUGAGGAAGACCUGUGUCCCAUCUGUUAUGCUCACCCCAUAUCUGCCGUAUUCAAACCCUGCUCCCACAAGUCCUGCAAAGCAUGCAUCAACCAGCAUCUUAUGAACAACAAGGACUGCUUCUUCUGCAAGGCCACCAUCACGGGUGUGGAGGACUAUGAGAAGCCGGUAGCCUAGCACCCAGACCCCUCUCCCCUUACACAGAGUGCUUUAUUGCGUUUACAUGUAAUUUAAUGUCCUGGUUUUCUGCCGCCCUCUCUGUGACUGAUCGCUGUGUGUGAGGAGUGCGGAGUGUGUUGUGUGUAAGUAUUAUCCUCACACUGCCCACAUUACACAACUGUCCAGUGUCCUGCAGCCAUCAUCAGCCCGUGCCCACACAGUGCCAGUGGGCAGUGCCAUCACUGGAGGAUGCUGGGAGAAGUGGCGCUGUGGCACCGUUUACAGUAAAGAUACUUUUUAUCAUGUAUAUCUGUGUCCUAUGAGAGAUCACAGAAACGAGUAUUAAAUUAUUUAACCAUCCAA